UAGAGUAGACAGACCACUGUUCAUUGGGACUACCUAGCUACUGGCAAGUGAGGUGCACUGAGAUUGUCCUGUAUUUCGAUUACACUUUCUUUUAGACAGAGUAAUCUACGUCCGUAACAGUUGCUAGCUGGCUAGCAAACAGUGCAUGCAAGAUAGGCAGCAAACUGUUACAGUACGCUAGUUUGCUGUCGUGUGGAGUGAGCUACCCUGUGAACUUAAUUGUAGAUUGUCGCUGAUAUACUUAAUAACGUUACUAAUUUAACAUCGACAGACUAAACCGUUUAGCUAAGGUUAGAUACUAGUACGCAUUUUCCAUUAUUUCCAUUCAACGUUAGCUGGCACUUUCCUCAAAUUGGUGACAUCCGUAGCGAAAUUGGCAACGUAAGAAAUAAAAUAAAAAAGCCUAAAACCGGCUAAGAAAUGUCUGCCGUCACACCAGAACAAGAAAACGGUGAAAAGGGAAUACUCUUGUUGUCGUCGACAGCAGAUUUGUAUCGAGAGUGUGUCAGCCAGGUAGCGUUACCUGGACAACCAGCACCCCACGAGCAACCACAGACCGUCUUCGUUAUUUUGGAUUCGCCUGCAGAUUCCGUCAAUUUACUGAGUGUGGAGUCUCUUUUGCCCGAGUCGGGCAUUGUUGCGGAUAUCGACGUUGAGAACAUUCUCUCCACUGACUCCGGAACUUUCUACCAGCUGAAGAGCCAGCCCAUCACUCUAAGCCCCGUGCUGACGUCGGCCUCGCCCUUGCCCUCGCCCAGCGGCAGCGCCGUCAUGACGUCCCGCGUGUUGCUGCGGCAGCAGCUGAUGCGGGAGCAGGCGCGGGAGCAGGAGAGGAGGGAGGCGCAGCAGCAGGCCUCCUCUGCCCAGCUCCGAGCCGCCGACACCUCCCCCGCCAUCUCCGUCUCCGCCCCGCCCGGGGCCGCCCGCCCGCCUCCGGCGCAGGUGCCCGUGGAGGUGCUCAAGGUGCAGACCCACCUGGAGAACCCCACUAAGUACCACAUCCAGCAGUCCCAGCGGCAGCAGGUCAAGCGCUACCUCUCCACCACCCUCGGAAGUAAGGUGGCCAAUCAGACGAUGGGGACGUCCCCCUCGCCUCAGGCUGGCUCUGCCCCCGAGCUCACCCCAGCAGCCAGCAGCACUCCCAGCAGUCCUAUGGCUCUGCUCAACCUGGGAAACAAAGAGGAGAUUGAUGAUGUAAUUGAUGACAUCAUUAGCCUGGAGUCCAGUUUCAAUGACGACAUCAUGACUUUGAUUGACUCUGGCCUACAGCUCCCCAACACGCUGCCGGUGUCGGGGAACCUCCUGGAUGUGUACAGCAGCCCUGGAAUGGCAGCUCCCACCAUCACCGUCAGCAACUCCUGCCCCGCUGACCUGCCCAACGUUAAGAGAGAGAUGACCGAUGCUGAAGUGAAAGCAAUCGUGAAAGAGCGUCAGAAGAAGGACAACCAUAACCUGAUCGAGAGGAGGAGGAGGUUUAACAUCAACGACCGCAUCAAGGAGCUGGGAGGACUCAUUCCCAAGUCAAGUGACCCGGAGAUGCGCUGGAAUAAGGGCACCAUCCUGAAGGCAUCGGUGGACUACAUCCGCAAGCUGCAGAAGGAGCAGCAGAGAUCCAAGGAGAUGGAGACGCGGCAGAGGAAGCUGGAGCACGCCAACCGCAGUCUGCUACUGCGUAUACAGGAGCUGGAGAUGCAGGCGCGGCUCCACGGCCUCUCCGCGCCCUCCCUGGGGGCCGAGCUGGACCUCCUGCAGCAGCAGUCCGCCUCCGGCGAGGCCCUCCCCCAAUCGCUGCUCGGCCUGGGCGGAGCCGCGGCGCAGGCCGUCUCCCCCUCCUUCCUGUCCCCGCCGCCGUCGGCCAUGAGCAGCGCGCUGGACCUGGGGGCGCUGAGCUUCGGCGAGCUGGACGACCCCGGCUCCUCCGCCUUCGGGCCCGGCCUGAUGUCCGAAAUGGGCCUGGACGACAUUCUGAUGGACGACGGGGGUGCCCUGUCCCCCGUGGGGGGCGCCGACCCCCUGCUCUCCUCCGUGUCCCCCGGAGCCUCCAAGACCAGCAGCCGACGCAGCAGCUUCAGCAUGGAGGAGGACUCGUGACAGGCCGCAGGGCGGGGCGGGGCGGGGCGGCAGUGUUAGGCACGGGCGUUAGACCCGGGUGUCGCCCCGGGAGACUCAAGAGCCACAACAGCCUUCUGCAUCUUCACUUCCUUCAGACGUGUGUGAAAUCCUGGAAACGCUCGCGGUGAAAAACGGCUCCCCUCUUCUUUCGGAUCGGGUUUUGUUUCCAAUCCCACGGCUAGCUUGGCCCCCGACAAGUAGAUCGUUUUUCCCGUGCUGGGAAAUGAUAGCAGAUGGCAGUUUAAAAUGCCGCUUUCCUCCACUUCCGUUACAGCUUUGGGUCAGAGGGGUUCAGUCAUGGGAGAGCAGGAUGCUGAAGUGCAGGGGGUGUUGUGGCUCUUCACCCGGUGCUUUCCUCCACAGGACUUUGUGCUACAAAUAGAAAAGGAACUAAAAGAAGAGACAUUACGUGACAUUAAUACUAGAUUUUUUGGAAAGCGUGUUCUAGAUUUUUAUCUGCUUCUCUUUAUUUUCCUUCAUUUUUACUGUACAUACAGUAUCCUUAUUAGAGUGGUUAUAAGCACUCUAAUUCUGGGGGCAUGACAAGGCUCCCCUGUCAAUGUUUCAGUGUAGACAUUAGAAAGAAGUGCUUAGACAGCCAGAUAAAUUCUAUUUUUAUUUUGUUACACAGAUUUGUUUUAUAUAUAUAAUUGUAUGCAUGAAUGUACACCUGAUUUAAAGGAUCAUAGCCUGUCAGUAACUAAAGGGACUGCCCUGUCGUCUGUGAGCUGGGCUCAAGCUUGGCCCAGGUCAACAAGCAGAAGUGACAGGGCAUCGACUAAACACACUUUAUCUCUUAUUCUGCUUCCGGGUAGGCUGUCCACUUCAAAGCAGCGUUGCUUCUCGUACCACUAUAUUACGAUAAACUCCCUUUAAUGGAAACGCUGUUUAUUAGGUAGCCAAUGAGGGCGUCCAGCCUCUGUAGCAUGCUUGGGGACGUUGCUGUAGUUUACGGUCAUGUGCUAUUCGCAGGGACUUCAUGUCUCUCCUGCUUUAGAGGGCUCUGGAGGCCCUUAUCUCCCAAUGAAAUGGCCUUUCUUCCGCUUUCUUUCCUCCAGCCUGUGAUCUUGCGUGUUUUCCAGUUUGGUGUAAAAGACUUGUCUGUUUUGAAACUUUACUCUCUUCCUUCCUAGGUUAGACUUUCCCAAAGCAAACAUCAACAGAUCUUAAGCAAUAAGUUUAAAUGUUUACUCACUGUGAGAACCCAGUCCUUUUUUGGGGGUGGGUUGGGAGGGGGGGUGUAGUAUGAGUGAAAUUUAGUUUUCCGAGUGCUAAGAAAUGCUAGAUUAUGGUGCGGAUAUGAUAUGAAGUUUGCCCUUUUGACAAUGCGAUUGCUAAUAUCCGCACAACGGAAUGCAUUUGUAUUAGUGUCCAAUAGGCUAUUGUUCAUGAUAGUUUAUUUUAUACUAUAAUUAGCUGGUCAUGGAGUGUCGCCUUCAUAGUUCAACAUCUGUUUUAACUGAUUUUACGAAGCUGAAUUUCAGCAUGGUCAUGAGUCGCUUAAAUGGACUUAAAUGGAAGACUGAUAGUUCACUACCUAUGGCCUUUUGCGCACACCUCUCUGUGAUAACUUCUUAAUACAUUGGUAUCUGCAGAAUAUAGGUAGUUUAUCUGAAUCUAGAACUGGGCUUGGCACAGCAAACUGAACAGUUGGUAUCAAGGUAAACCGUUAUUAGUCUGUGAGCCGUGAAUUGCAUUCAAAUGAUAAACCAUUCCAUCCUCAAGUGGCGUUUUUGCUAUAAUCGUGUACAAGAAUCAUGGAAGCAAAAGAGCAAAAGGAGGAAAUGUUGCAUGGUCUCCCUUCACCAUAGCUGUGAAACCCCUCAGUGUCUGACUGACCCACGCUGUGUUUAAUGCUCGCACGGCAGGGGAACACUGUGCUGUCUCUGUUCUGAAUAGACGCAGCCCUUUCCGUAUUCAUGGCAUUGCUGUAACCCAAAGCUCCAGUUCUAUAACAGAGCCCUGCAGACAGCCUGUCCCCACUUAACCUCAGCUCGGAUGUGCUCCUGGGCUCAGUUUGAGAAAGAAAUGCCGUUGUAACUGAAAGGAAUAAUUCAUGAUAAAGUGCCCUUUUAAAACGCAGGAAACAAAGUUGUUCAAUGCUGUCUUUAAUCAAAAUCAGUUCUGUGAAUAACUUACUUGAUUAUUAUUUUUCUUAAUAAUAAUGGCAGUUUGUGUGUGAACCAUUUCAUAACCCUAUAUUCCAAACAGAAACACAACUCCGUACGGCUGCUCUUUGUGGGGUAAGAUGGCUGCUUAUGUUGGUGACAGAAAUGGCUGCCAUGUCCAGUAUGUUAGGACAGUCUUAACCAUGGUUAAUAUGGCAGGAUCGUUUCUCAUGGGAAAAGAGGUGGAAUGUCAGUCUGGAUCUUUUUAAAGAUCAUUGAUUUGGCUUGACAUUUGUAAACAUGAAUAUUUGCCCACCCAAACAUGAACAUGCUAUGACUGUAAUGCAAACCAAAAAUCAUCCAAUGGAAGCUCCAACAGCCACGAGUUCAGUUUCGAGCCUCUCGUUUGAUUUCAGGGAAAGCCAGAAAAUCCUCAAAAAUGUUUGACAUUCAGAAGGGCUGAAGUUAAAGGAUGUUUAAAGUAAUCCGACAGUGGAAAUCCUUUAAUUUCACAACCCGGUUUGCUUCUUAUUAAAAAAAAUUCCUUUUUGUCGUUAAAUGUUCAUAUAUCAAAGCAAUAUGUAUGCAAGCAAAGUGUAGCUUCUGGUUACGUAGCUAGCAGAUAUUUUCACACAUAAAGCAUGAAGCCACCAUCAGUCAAGCCAACAGGGCACUAGAAUAAUGUUUAUCUCAACUAAAAAAGAAAAAAAAAACUGACCAAUCUGUGUGUCUGUAUGCAAUACGUGUGUGUGCAUGUGUGUGUGUGUGUGUGUGUGUGUGUGCGUACGUGUGCGUACGUGUGCGUGCGUGUGUGUGUAGUGUGCGUGCAUAUGUAUAUAUAUAUAUAUAUACACAUAAAUUUCACAAUAGUCUAUUUGAUGAAACAUUUCUUUAAUAUUUUUUAAUAGGUUGUGUAUUCUAUAAUUGUAUGAGGUGAUAGUCAUACACCAUACUUUAGAUUGGGUUUUAAUGCAUCUGGCAUUUUAAAAAAAGCCUAUUCCCUCUCAUUAACCAGCUUCACUUUCCCUUUGUUUUGGUUGGGAGUAUUUGCUAGUGGAAUGAAAUAUUCCUUUUGCAGGUGAAAGUGAAAUGGCAGGGUCACAGUAGGUUUGGAGUUAGUAUGUCUGCAGCAGCUGCAUGCAGGGGGUGCUGUGCACCCAUCGGGGCGGGGGAGGGGGGGG